AUGGCUUGUCUUAGAAAUAUGGCAUUCACCAUAGUAUCAGUUUUUAUAGGUGUCACUGCCACUGCCUUGGCUUGCACUCAAGGAGCGUCCAAGCUCCAUGAUCAAUGCUCUUCUGAUGAAGAUUGCGCUGCUGGCCUUCAUUGUUCAUCCUGUUCUCUAGAUUUUGAGGGUUCAAGAUGUGUCAGAGCAGAUGCAACCAACCAAUUCAAGCUUAUGAACAAUUCUCUGCCUUUCAACAAAUAUGCAUUUUUGACGACUCAUAAUUCUUUUGCCAUCAAAGGAGAACCAUCCCAUACAGGAAUCCCUCGGCUUACCUUCACAAAUCAAGAAGACAGUGUAACGGAACAGCUAAAUCAUGGAGUUCGAGCCUUAAUGUUGGACACUUAUGAUUUUGAUGGAGAUGAACCUGCUCUAGAUACUUUCAAGGAAAUAGAGGCAUUCCUGUCAGCAAAUCCAUCAGAAAUUGUGACAUUAAUCCUAGAAGACUAUGUUCAGGCCCCAUAUGGAUUAACAAGAGUUUUCAAUAAGUCGGGUUUGAUGAAGUAUUGGUUUCCAGUGUCAAAAAUGCCUCAAAAUGGUCAAGAUUGGCCUCUGGUAAAGGACAUGGUUGCCAGCAAUCGAAGGCUUAUUGUUUUCACUUCAAUCAGGUCCAAACAACAGACUGAGGGAAUAGCUUACCAAUGGAAUUACAUGGUCGAAAAUGAAUAUGGGAAUGAUGGAAUGAAGGGAAAUUGUAUUAACAGGGCUGAAUCAGCAUCACUCGAUGACAAAACUAAAUCUUUAGUUCUAGUAAAUCGCUUUGGAACAGUUCCAGUGAAGGCGGUCGCAUGUGAAGAGAAUUCUGUGGGCCUGAUCGAUAUGCUCCAAACUUGUUACGCUGCUGCUGGCAACCGAUGGGCUAACUUUGUUGCUGUUGAUUAUUACAAGAGGAGCGAUGGGGGAGGAGUAUUUCAAGCCGUGGACACACUGAAUGGGGAGCUUUUAUGUGGCUGCAACGAUGUACAUUCUUGUGUGCCUGGAUCGUCGGGAACGUGUAAUUGGAGAGGACAGAGAAAAGGGCUUAUAUAA